AUGAAGACUAAUUUGGUUUUCGCUUUAUUUUUCUUGUUCAUAAGUGUGCGUGGAUCCAAUGCUAAUUUAAGAGGGCAAUCUGAAUCAAAUAUUUCAUCAGAAGGACAAAGUGGCGAUACUGAACAACAAGCAAAUAUUAAUGCACAAACUCAAGGAUCUACAUCUGUACCUGGUAAUGGCGGAGUUCCUGGUACUGGUGCCGUUCCAGGUGCCGUUCCAGGUGCUGUCCCAGGUGCUGUCCCAGGUGCUGUCCCAGGUGCCGUUCCAGGUGCUGUCCCAGGUGCCGUUCCAGGUGCUGUCCCAGGUGCCGUUCCAGGUGCUGUCCCAGGUGCCGUUCCAGGUGCCGUUCCAGGUGCCGUUCCAGGUGCUGGUGAUAGAACUGACCAAACUGAGGAACCACAAAAUGGAUUAGAGGAAAUAUCGAUAGGCACUGAGAAUAAUCAGAUAACAGAAGAAGAAUUAGCUGUGUGUGAAGAAAUUGAGGAAAGUUAUGAUGACAUGGACGAUGAAGAAGAUCAAAUAGCAGAAGACUUUGAAAUAAAUAAUGAAGAAGACGAAGAAAAUGAAGAAGAGGAAGACACCGAGGACGAAGAGGAAGACGCCGGAGAAGAAGAGCAAACACAAUCAACAGAAAAUACCGAAGCAGGAGAACAAGGCAAUACACAAACACAAGAAUCAAAUGCUACUACUGGUGGAGAAAAUGCCACUCCUAAUGGUAAUGAAUCACCUGCACAGGUCAAUACUAACGAAAGUGCUCAAAAUAAAAAGAAAGACACAACUAAGGGUGCAGCACCUUUAACUACCACCAAAGCUCAAGACUCAAUUACUGAGAAUUCUAAAGAAGAAGCUAAAGAAAUAAUGAAAACUUUAGUUACUAUGUUCGACGAUGCCGAUGUAAUUGAUGAACCUAUAGGUGAUUUUUCAGAUGAUAUUUCACAAUUUCUUAUUAUAUAA